UGGUGUUUUUACUGAAAUGAUUUUUAUUAAUAAUAAUUAUGAUGUUAUUGUUAUAAAUAGUGAAGUUUUUAUGUUCGAUAAACUUUCUAGAGGUGGUUUUAAUAAAAAAGGUGGAAAAACUGUUUUAACUUGUAAUUAUCGCACGUGUUCAGACUUAUCACAUUGUUCUUGUUGGCGAAUGCAUCGUUGUAGCACAAUGUUGGGGGUCCAAGACACUCAACUCUUCUUGUGCUGAACGAAAGCAAAGUUCAACAUUUUUAAGGAAACCAAUAACCGAUAUCUAUUCCAUUUACCAUGGCGGUCUACAGGAACACACCCGCUCAAUUCUGCACGAGACGGGAUUCAAUUUACGAACCACACACCGAUAUCGACGGAGUUCACGAAACCAGAUCUUUCCGAGAGAUCCGAGCCCCAACAGUUCCUAGGAGGAACGCUUUUGGAGGAAUUCGAGUCAACAAUCGACGUCAAUCUUUUGCUCGAGUCAUUUGCGACUCAAUUUCCAGGCGUCGACGACGCGGAGGAUCAACAGUCAAAUCAUACAGUUGUAGAGUCCACACUUCAGGAGGAGUGCGUGGAUCUCAAACCACUUCUAUCAUUCGACAACUCGGAUGAAUUAUUCAUCAAUAAUUUUGGUAAAAUUGAAUCUACGUUCGACGUAGCUGCAAGAGAAAAUUAUAUCGUUAUAAAUACUAAGAUCGAAAAUCAACACGAAAAUUCAAAUACGAAUAAAAAUAACAACAACAAUAAUAAUAAUAAUACAGAUAUUUUAUCGGCCGCUCAAUCACCAUCAACCGCGGAUAAUAUGGAUGAAGAAUUUUUCAUUCGAACACCUUAUGGUAUUGACGCCACCGAUGGCGCAAACAUCGAUAGUGUCCAAACGCUAGACUUUUCGUUCGGUGAUAACUUUAUUUUAGACGAUAAUAAUACCGCGUUAAACGGUGGUGCCGCGAUCGCGUCUCGCGAUGUCGUUAAAGAAGAAAUUUUUUACGAUACGCCCGAUAACAGUAACGGACCCAUCAUAAGUCUAGGAACCAUGAACAACGAUGGUAAAAUCUUUCAAUUACCCAAAAUGGACUUAUCAUCUAUUGGAAUCUUUCAAGAUGAUGCGCUUCACACACCGGACAUCAUCGAUUCUAUUAUGGAAUUUGAAAAGUUUCAAAUACCAACGAAUAAUAAAGAGAAUCAUUUACCUAAAACGGUUACUCUAACAAACGUAAUUGCUGAAGACAUACCAAGUACAUCAAACAGUAUAGCAUCCUUCAUAAAUUCAGAAGUAUCUUCACCAUUAUCUUCGAUAUCCUCACCUGCUUCUUCAUCAAAAAAAUCGAAAAAACGCCGAUAUGAUGAUGAUGAUUCAGAUGAAGAUUUUGUGGAUGAUGAAAAUGAUAAAGACUACAUUCCCGCUGAAGAAGAAGAGUCGAUUGUGAAAAAGCCGAAACGUGGUAGACCGCCAAAAAGGGGGAAAUCGAUAUCUUCUGAUGAUUAUAGUCAGUUAGAACCGCAAGAAGCACGAUAUCGCGAAAUGAGGGAUAGAAAUAAUGAGGCAUCGCGACGGUCUAGAUAUAAAAGGAAACAGAAAGAGAUGAAAGUUGUGGAUGAGUUGUCUCUCGAGGAGGAGAGAAAUGUUAGGUUGAAGGCGGAAGUUGAGGAAUUGCAAAAGACCGUCGAUAGGUUUAGGGAUAGUCUUAUGAAGGUUAUGUUAAGUAAACGUUAGGAAAAUUGAUGAUUUUAAUUAUUUUUGUGUAAUUAAAAAGCUUUUUAUUUUAGCAUGUGUGGCAUGUGUAGAAAGCUUUUCUUAAAAAGAUUCUAAUAAAUGUAAAAGGUCUCCAUAUUGGAUACCCUAUAUUUUUUAAUUUAAUUAAGUAAUGAUCGUUAUCACCUUUAUCGAUAUUUUAUUUCUAUAAACAUUCGUUAUGAAUUAACGUGGAAGAACCUAUACUUUUUAUGUUUAUGUACAACUUGUUGUACUUCUAUUUUUAUAGUCAAGUUUAAGAAAAAAUGUUGAAUAAACAUCGCUGGAAGAUGUUUUUAAGAAAAAUUGUAUCUUUUAUUAAUUGGUGAUGUGUAUAACUUAAUUUUAGCCAUUUUUGUCAAUUGCAUAUUUGUAAAAACACGAAAAAACAUGUACUAAUAAUAAUUUGUUUGCAAUUGAUACGUA